CUCUCCCGAAGCUGCAGCCUCGUCUCCUGCAGAAACAAAGUAUUGGCAGGCAGUGUUCGUCGUGGAUUUAUAAAGAUAACAUUUAAAAAUGAGUUCUGGGCGUGGUCAAGACAAAAGUUUCGUCGCCGUCCCACGUUAACCGGAACUGAAGUCUGUGGGAAGACUUUGAAUGCGACACCGGCGUUCUGCAUUCACUUCCCUGGAUAUUUAGCAUAAAGGCGGCUAACAGCUAACUUGGAAUCGCUAAAACAAGCGUUCCUUCUCAUGAGAGCAGUGAAAGAUGGAGGUGGACGGUCGGGACUUUCUGAACACUCCUCCCGUUAAGACUGUCAGGUUUGGAGGAAGUGUUGCAGACACGUUAGCUAAACAUAAACAGGGGGACUCAGGGGACUAUGAACUACUGAAACAUCAGCUGGCUGAUCCUGAGAUAAAGGAUGCUCAGAUCAUCAACUGGCUACAAGAAUUUCGGAGUUGUGUGACCCAGCUGACCAAGGACCACGAGCAGCUCAUCUACACCAUCUUGAAGCUUCCAUGGGUGGGCCGGAGCCAGGCUGUGGUGGAGGAGUACAUGGCCUUCCUCAGCAACCUGGUCUCAGCACAGACGGUCUACCUGUGUGCCUGCCUCAAGAUGGUGGUGUCCCACUUCACUCCCAAGAGAGUGACCAUCAGUGAAGGAGGACUCGAUAUCUCUGAUUCAGAUGAUGAAGAUGAGAAUUUCCCCCGAAACUUUGAUCAGUGUCACCAGGCGCUACAGCUCAUCACCAGAUACGUUCCAUCCACCAGUCGCUUUCUGAUGCCCAUUCUGCAAGAGAACUUCCCCUUCGUACAGAAAUCCUCCAGAACACUAGAGUGUUACGUACACAACCUUCUGAGAGUGACCAUCUACAUACCGUCAAUUCGACGAGACGUGCUGGAGGUGAUCAUCGGAAAGAUGCUCAAACUGGAUGUGAGUGCGUCCCGCUCAGACAUUGAGGAGGCAGAAGAGAAUGCAGCGCAGAACCAGCGGACUGAGGAGGGACUCUUUGACAUGGAUGAGGACAUGUCAACAGAUCACCCCUCCAAGACGGCUGUGAUGGCCCACCCGGUGGCUGAGCGGCUGGACACUCUCAUGUCUGUUCUGAUGGCUUACAUCAAGGAUGUCUGCCAUGUCAAUGGCUCGCUUCAUGUGGACAGGACUAAGGAGCUGUACAGAGAUUUGCUGAGUGUGUUCAACAAGCUCAUUCUGCCCACACAUGCGUCCUGUCAUGUCCAGUACACACUCUUUUAUCUCUGCAGCUUCAGACUGGCCUUGGCUGAGGCCUUCCUGGAUCACCUGUGGAAGAUCCUGCAGAGCCCCUCUCAGCCUGCAGUCCUCCGCCAGGCUGCUGCUGGGUACCUGGGGAGCUUCCUGGCCCGAGCCAAGUUCAUCCCUGUGCUCACUGUGCGGGCUUGUCUGGACCUGCUGCUCGCUUGGAUCCAUCGCUACAUUGACAGCCAGGACAGCAGUGGCAGACAGGCCUGCUGUGACAUCACCUUGCAUGGGCCCUUCUACACCGCAUGCCAGGCCGUCUUCUACACACUCAUCUUCAGGCAUACAGCCAUGCUGGAGGGCAACAUGAAGAAAGGGCUGGAGUACCUGCAGAGUCUGAACCUGGAGCGCGUGGUGAUGUGUCAGCUGAACCCCCUCAAAGUCUGCCUGCCUUCAGUCACCAGCAUGUUUGCUGCCAUCACCAGGAAGUAUCAGGUGGUGUUCUGCUACACUAUCAUAGAGAGGAACAACCGCCAUGUGCUGCCAGUGGUCCGCAGUUCUGCAGGGGGAGACAGUGUGGCCACCAACACCAACCCUCUUGACAGCUUCUUCCCCUUCGACCCCUACCUGCUGAAGAGGUCUGGUCAGCUGAUUGAGCCACUAUACCAGGUCUGGGAGGAACUAGCAGACACAGAGCUGCUUCCAACCAAAACAGGCCAACAGUGCUCGAGGGAGGACGAGGAUGACUUCCUGUGUGGGGAGACGCCCCAAACCGAGGGCAUCGUGGGAAUGACACCCAGCUCCUACGACUCGAACCUCCGCAGCCCAAGCAGCGUGGGUUCACCCCCCAUCACCUUCCAGAGACCGUUCUAGUUCCUCACCAUGGUCUGUCCAGUUCUGAUGGACCAUUCUGGUCGAGUCCAGAAGCUUGUGAGGAGCAGACGCCCCUGGAAACAGUCAGGUCGGACCUCUUCUUCCCUCAGAGCAGAGCACUGUGGCUCCCUACAGAGACUCCUCCCCUGAUAAUUCACUUUACUUUUAAUUUACAGAAACUGAAGAACACAUGAGACAGGCACACAUGAAAAAGUCUGACUGAUCUCAAGACUCUCAUCUGAAAUAAAGCUUCAUUUUAUGGGAAUUAUAGGAUAUAUUUUAUUAACAAUAAUCAUAGUCCAGGCCAAAAAACACUUGGUAGAAACUCUGGACAUGAAAGAGAGAGAGAGAGAGAGCCCCAAACUCCUGAUGAUCAACUACACAACUUUCAAAGAAACAUUGAAACCCUCGAGUCUGCAUUGAAUGCUCACUUGGCCCGUCACGAGGAGUCCUCUAGUUGACUCCGUUUGAGACGAACUGUUCCAAUGGUAACCAAUGUACAGUGGGAAACUGGAGGUGGCAGGAAGGACGGCGGCAGCGGCGCGUUAUUAAUGCGAUAAUUAAACCAUAUUGGGCAACCGGCAAAGGGAGAGAAAGAUGGCAGCAGCUCAGCACAGAGAAUGUGUUGAUGGUAAAUGAUCAAGAAGAAACAUCUUUGCAGCCAGUAUGGACAGUAAAGUGAAAAAACGGUACCUUCAGCAUACAGAUGGACAUGUGAGUAUUUUGACUUGAUGUGAACUUAUCCUUUAAGACUUCGUUAUUAUUGUUAAAUUCAUUCUAAUAACUGUUUUUUCGUUAGGCUAUUUAUUUUAGUUUAUUUCUGUUUACUCAUCUUUAUGUCUGUAUUUGUGUGCUGUGCUUCCUGUGGCUGAGGUAGAUUAAAGUGAAUUCAUGUUU